AUUCCUUGUUCAGAAGCUAAUUAGUGAGAGCAAGUGUGAUUAUCGGGAAGAGUUCGAAAGGAUGGCAUCACCAUCUCGGCGUCAUCUUGUGCAUGCCAUGGUUUUCGGCUUACUAGCAAUUAACGUGGCGGCCAAUAUUUAUGAUAAUGAGGAACCUCCUAGGCCACCUCAUGAUCACGAAGACCCACCAUUACCAUAUAAUCAUAAAAACUCUCUAUUUCUGCCAUCAGGACUUCUUCAUCGAGGAACACCGCCGCCGCCGCCUCGAUCACCACCACCUCCAAAUAAGAAGAAAACGCCCCCACCACCUCCAAAAAAGAAGAAAACACAGUCACCUCCACCACCAGCAAAGUCUCCACCCCCGCCACCACCAGCAAAGUCUCCACCAUUGCCAUCAGCUUCACCUCCGACCUCAUCUUCAGCUCCCAUUUUACCUCCAUUGCCUUCUAAAAUUUCUCCAGUUACACCCCCUUCAAAAGUUCCACCAUCCCCAUCCCCGGCUUCCAAUUUAUCUCCAUCUCCUCCUUAUACUUCACCAGCAUCCCCUCCGAGAAUUCCCCCCAUUCCAUCUCCAUCCCCAACUCCUAAUUUAUCUCCUUCACAUCCUUAUACUCCCCCGAUAUCCUCUCCAAAAGUUUCACCAUCCCCAUCCCCAACUCCCAAUUUAUCUCCAUCACAUCCUUAUACUCCCCCGACAUCCCCUCCAAGAAUUUCACCCAUUCCAUCACUGUCCCUAACUCCCAAUUUAUCUCCAUUACAUCCUUAUACUCCACCGACAUCCUCUCCAAAAGUUUCACGAUUUCCAUCACCAUACCCAACUCCCAAUUUAUCUCCAUCACAUCCUUAUACUCCCCCGACAUCCCCUCCAAGAAUUUCACCCAUUCCAUCCCCAUCCCCAUCCCCAUCCCCAACACCUAAUUUAUCUCCAUCACAUCCUUAUACUCCCCCGACAUCCUCUCCAAAAGUUUCACCAUCCCCAUCCCCAACUCCCAAUUUAUCUCCAUCACAUCCUUAUACUCCCCCGACAUUCCCUCCAGAAAUUUCACCCAUUCCAUCCCCAUCCCCAUCCCCAUCCCCAGCUCCUAAUUUAUCUCCAUCACAUCCUUAUACUCCUCCGACAUACCCUCCAAAAAUUUCACCAUUUCCAUCACCUCGUUAUACUUCUCCUCCACCACCUCCACCUAUCCUCAAAUCUCCACCUCCUCCGAGAUUUACACUUCCUCCCUUCUUUCCCUUUAAAUCCCCGCCACCUCCAUCUCCUUCGCCCCCUCCACAUAUCCUCAAUUCUCCACCUCCUCCGAGGUUUACACUUCCUCCCUUCUUCCCCAUUAAAUCCCCGCCACCUCCAUCUCCUUCUCCCCCUCCACCAAUCCUCAAAUCUCCACCUCCUCCGAGGUUUACAUUUCCUCCCUUCUUCCCCUUUAAAUCCCUGCCACCUCCAUCUCCUUCUCCCCCUCCACAUAUCCUUAAAUCUCCACUUCCUCCAUGGUUCUUUUUGCCUCCCUUUUUCUUUAAAUCCCCGCCUCCUCUAUCUCCAUCACCUCCGUCAUCCAAUAAUUAACCUCCACCUCGUUCAAAAAUAUCUUACUAAAUUGAUUAUAUAUGGUUAAUGAUGGCAGUGGGUUUCUUCGAAGAGGCUACAUAUUAGAUAAUGCAUGUAUUGAAAAUGUAAUCAAUUGAAGGAAAGUGGACUGUAUCAAUCAUGCCAAAAUAAUAUCAUAGAACUUUAGUUAUUGUAAUAAUAAAUGGAUAAUGUGGAGGAAAAUAUUAUGUUUGUUAAAAAGCAUUAUAAUACUAAAUGAAUGUCUUUUAUUACGAUAA